AUGUAUUCUGUUUACGAUAAUUAUCUUAGGGAUUACCCUCCCAGUAAAUUGGUUGUUGGUGAUAGAAAAGCUUUCCAAUAUUCGGGGUUUAAUGUAAGCAACCCCACAAAAAUCAUUAUCCAUGGUUAUAUUAGUAGUAUUGAGGACGAAGUCUUCACUUUAAAUAAAGAUGCUUAUUUAGAUACAGGUGAAUACAAUGUGAUAGGAAUAGAUUGGAGCAAGUUGAAUGAUGUUUUCUAUGUUGUUGCAAGAUCUAAUGCGAUCACUGUGGGACAAAAGUUGGGGGAAUUUUUGGAAUUUUUGAUUGUAAAGUGUGGGGUUGAUUCAAAAGAUAUUCAUUUGAUAGGGCACAGUUUGGGGGCUCAUAUCGCCGGAAUAGGGGCUAGCAGUUUAAAGGACUAUUCUGUUGGACGAAUAACAGGUUUGGAUCCUGCAAGUCCUGGAUUUACAAUCAAUAGACAGGAUCAAUUUUUGGAUGCAGGGGAUGCUGAUCUCGUUGACGUUAUUCACACAUUUACUAGAGCACUUAGUCUUUUAGCGCCCAUCGGCCAUGUCGAUUUUUACCCUAAUGGCGGCAAAUUUCAAAGGGGAUGCCCAAGUAUUUAUGACAUAUGGAGACUCGAUCAGAGUAUGCUGUGCCAUCACGGCAGGGCCUACAAAUACUUUGCGGAAUCUAUUAGAAACAAAAGGGCGUUUAAAUCCCAACGCUGUCCAGAUUUGCAAUCGGCCAUCCAGGAAAAUUGCAAGGAGAAAUCGCAUGUUUACAUGGGACAAGCAAACACUUACACUGAUGGUUUGUACUAUGUUCGAACCCAUUCGAAGCCACCGUUUUCCUUGAGUGGAAAUCAUGACGGAAAUGAUAGCGAGGAGCCCGAAUAUUAUGAUUAAAAUUAUUUUUGUUAACGAAAAAUUCAAACUGUUGCUCUGUAAUUACAUUUUUGUUUUGUAAGACACGUAACAAAAUAAUAAA